AAUCCGAGAAUCUUUUAACCCCAGAUAAAAAGACAAAAGUACAGUACACAAACUGCUAAAAUUAAAUGCCAACCAAUCAGGAGCUAGGCUUUGAUUUCUUCCCACCACGUGUCUCCCUCUCACUCGUCCCCAAUCCUAGAUCACAACGCUGUCUCUCUCUCUUCCUCAUAGGUUGAAUCGGAUUCGGUUAGUUAUGUAAUGUAAUACGUAGUACUACUGUUACUGCACAGUACUACACAGGAUAUAUCUUCUUUUGUCUGAAAAUAUCUUCCCCCGCCUCCCAAAAACACUGUCACUGUAUUGAAGAAGGUCCUGAAUAAUAUCAGAUCUGCUAUUUUAUGCAGGGAGUAUUCGAAUACCUGAAUGGCUAUUGGUCUGUGGCUAGAGAGCUGAGUAAUGUCAAUGCCAAAACAAUUGCUGCUGACAAAGGUCUACUUCUUUGUUGGGUCUGAAUUUACCUGCAAAUAAUUGUCAAGAAAAACAUGGAUCAGAUACGGAACACAAUUAUGCAACAUGAAGCGUUAUUCAAGGAACAGGUUCAGGCUCUGCACAAGCUGUACAAUAUUCAAAAGUCUGCAAUGCAAGAAAUAAGAAUUUACUCUCAGGCCCAAAUUCUUGCUUGCAGUUCUAAAGGUUUUGUACAUGUAGAUGAUAGAUACAGUGGUUCUGUUUUGGAUGGGAAACAUCUGAGGCCAACCUAUGCUACUGGUCAAGCUUAUAAGGAUGAGUCGCUAAGUCUUUCCUUGCACCCUUUCUAUGCAUUAGAUCAUAAAGGAUGUGGUUCAGAAUGGAUGGAUAGCAGAGGGGUUGAAACUCUCCAAACUGCUCAGAGUAAACCGAUCAGAAAUUUUGAUCUUGAAAAGCUCCCGGAGGACUGCAUGGAUGAAUCUGAGUAUCAGAUUGAGCCAAACAGUUCCAAAAUGUCAGAUGAAAACUCCAUUUCGUUAAAAAGAACCACAAAUGCAGAUGGAGAUUCUUCCGUCAAAGAAAAUUUAUCUGCUAUUCAAAUGGGUUCUCCAAGUUUGAAGCAGAUUUAUCCAAAAACAAACAUAAGAAUACUUUCAGAAAAUGGUCAAGAAAUCAUUCAAGACUGUGACAGAGUUUCAGAAGACAAAGCUUACAGAACUGAGAUAAAAAGAUCUGCUUUAAGUUUUCCGAGUCCAAAUAACACCAGUGAAAAUAAAACAUCACAAGAUUUUCCAAGAAAGUACUUGCCUGCAGGUGCCAAGUCCGAUCUAUGCCAGUAUUCAAUGCACAUCGAAAAGCCAACAGUAUUGCAUCAGGGCUUCGUAAAUUUCAUGACUCAGAAAUAUUAUACUUUAGAUUCUGGGGAAGAUAGUCUUCAGAAAAUUCCAGCUCUGGCAAAUGGUCAUAUUGUUGAGGGUUUCUUCCCAAAGAAUCCUGUCAUCUGCUCUCAAGGUUCUUCAACCCUGGAUUCUGUGCAGCAUGAUUCUACAUAUUGUAAAGGAUUCGCCAUCCAAAGGUCCCUUUCCUUGAAAUCAAAUUCAAUUUCAGGAAAGCAAGACCUGAACUCAUUUCCUUUAGCCUCUCAAACAAGCGCAUAUCAUGAUGAAAAUCAAAAUGACUCAGAUAAUGGAAGCAAUAGUGUACACUCCCACUAUAUGAAGAGCUGUAAGGAAAAAAAUAUCAUCAUUCAAUUGGAGGAUUCUCCUGGACCUGGUGAUGGUUGUUGUGAGGCAGUUCAGACAAGCCAUGGUGGAGGACAAUCUGUUCAAUCAGAAUGUGAAGAAGUGCCCCAGGUCAUCAAAGAUGGUUUGAAAGUUUUGGUCUCCUCCACCCAUUCUGAUUCUGAAGUCAAACACGUUGAAAGUAGUAUGUACUCAAAUUCCAAAUGUAACAAUGUGGCAGUAUCUGAAAAACCAGUUUUUGGGAGAGAAGGUAGUGACAAUAUUGUAGAUAAAUCACCUCAGGAUGAAGCAUUUGAAAGUAUUGCUGCAGAGAUUUUGCUCAGUAUGGCACCCAGCACUGCACAAGUUGAUAUCCAGAUGCAUGGCACUCAAACAAAGAUGGAGUUGCACAAGGCCAGUGAAGAGAAUAUGAUUUCUGAUAAGAUGUGGAAUCCAUGCCAGAGAAGGCGUGCCAAUUACUGUCAAGAUGGUGAGAGUGAAUCCUUUAAAUGGGUGAAGACUGUUAAUAGGAGGAGGACUGCAAGAAGACCCCGAUGACUAGUUCUUGUAAAAAUUUGUUCCAUGUAUAGUUCCUUAGAGCUUCAUAUGAUUUGGCAAAAUGAAUGUGAGGAUGUGGCCUUGUAGAUUUGGUGUGGCAUGUGUAUCUGUCUGCUCUUUUCCUCAUCUAUGAAGAUUGCAAAGACAAACACAUUCAACGUUGUACAAUUGUAAGCAAUUUAUGGACAAAUUUUAAUUCCAUUGAGAGUUGUUUUAGAAUAGGAAAUCCCACUGCUUCUGCAAUACCAUGUUUACAACUCCCUCUUGCACAAAAAGACAUCUUGCUGCUCGUGUAAAACAUGCUUAGCUGUAACUGUCUAAUGUGAAGAUUAAUUUCAGAAAUGUUUUUCCACUUCUAUGAA